AUGGCCCCUCCCUGUGGCAACUUCAGCACCUUCCAGGAAUCCCUGUGGCCCAUCCUGGCCGCCCAGUUCCCCCCAGCCCUGCUGGCCAACGGGUGGGCCCUGUCCCACCUCCUCACCCGCCGCCGCUCCUGGCACGGAGGCUCCAUCUUCUCCUUCCACCUUCUCCUCACUGGGACCUUCUACUCCUUGUCCCUCCCACUCCUGGUGGGUUAUUAUUACCCUCCCAAAGACUGGCCCUACGGGAGGGUCCUCUGCAAACUGGAAAGGUUCUUCUUCACCUCCAACCUCUAUGGUGGCAUCUUCUUCGUCACCUCCAUCAGCAUCACCAGGUUCUUGGGGGUCGUUUAUCCCUUGAGGAGCCACGGGAGGAUCCAAACUCGCCACGUCCACCUGCUGAGCCUCGGGAUUUGGGUGCUGGUCCUCGGGAUUUCAGCUCCUACUUUGAUUUACUCCCAGUUGGAAGAGGUGGGAGGAGUGAGGGAAUGUUGGGGAAGUGCAACACCUGGGAAACUUGGGGAGUUCUAUCCCUACAGCCUGAGUUUGGCCGGGGUGGGUUGUGUCCUGCCCUUCCUGAUCAACCUCUCCUGUUACUCCCUCGUGAUCCGCGUGGUUUUCCGGAACCCUCGUCUCGACCCGCGGGAGAAACACAAAGUAGGGAUGUUGGUGGGAACAGGUUUGGUCCUUUUUGCCUUCUCCUACCUUCCCUACCACCUCUUUCGGAACCUCAACUUGGGCAGGAGGCUUUUGGGAGCCCAGGAGUUGGAUUGUGGGGUCUCCAAGGUGAUCCAUUCCAUGGCCCAGGUCUCCAAGGUCUUGGUGAACCUCAACAUCUGCCUCCAACCGCUGCUCUACGCGGCCCUGGGGGACAAGCUCAGGAGCUGCUGCAGGAGCAGGAGGGGGAAUGGGCCCCACCAGGGGGAGGUGGUGGCCCAGGAGGUCUACCCAGUGGCCCAAGAGCUCCUUCCAGUGGCCCAAGAUCAGGACGUGGUGGCCCAGGAGCUCCCACCAGUGGCCCAGGAGCUCCUUCCAAUGGCUCAAGAGCUCCCCAUGGUGGCCCAGGAGCUCCCACCAGUGGCCCCAGUGGCCCAAGAGCUCCUUCCAGUGGCCCAGGAGCUCCUUCCAGUGGCCCAGGAGCUUCCACUGGUGGCCCCACGCCAAGACGAUGUGGUGGCCCAGGACCACCUCCCAGUGGCCCAAGAGCACCUCCCACUGGCCCAGGAGCUCUACCCAGUGGACCAAGAGAUCCACCCAGUGGCCCAGCUCCCUCUGGUGGCCCAGGAUCCAGAUGUGGUGGCCCAGGAGCUUCUCCCAGUGGCCCAGGAGGUCCACUCAGUGGCCCAAGAGAUCCACCCAGUGUCCAGGGGGGGUCUGGGUGUCUCCAGAGAUGGAGCCUCCACCACUGCUCCCAUGGACUCGGUUGGGUGGGCAAAGACCUUGAAUCAUCAGGUCCAACCAUCAAAACCAGCUUAA